UGCUCUGAGUUUGGGCGUGCCUGUUCCCGGACUCAAAAGGCACCCACAUGUGCGGUGCCUCGUCUGCAGUGUGAAGGAGUACAAGGAGUGCAGGAUCGGGGUGGAUAUGACGGCGCACCUGGAGGAGUGCCCUGGCAUGACUCCAGAGGCGCAGCUGCGAUGCGCUCAAGAAAGAUCGUGGCAAGAAGAAGAGGCACGGCGCCAACGCCGUCGACGUCAACGUCUCAAAGGCUCCCAAGCUGACUGCGAUCCCUGCAGUUGAUCCCCUUCACUUGAUUUACCAGAAGCUGCAAGACGGAAAACAAGUGCUGGAUACCAUGAGGAGCAAUGUCAACUUGGGGAUCAAUUCGCUUGAAGGAAUCCUGGACAACAUUGGGGGUCUUGUCGCCUUGGCAAUGCAAGGUCAACCUGCUGCACCUCCUCCACAAGCACAAGCGCCAGCGCCUAUUCCUGCUCAGGCCAUCAUUGCUGCAGCCGUGCCACACCAAGCGCCUCCCCCUGCUGCAUCCACCCUUCCGGCGCCUGCUGCUGCUCUUCAAGGCGUACCCCAAGAGGCUCCGGUGCCUCCCCCUGCUGCUCUUCAAGGCGCACCCCAAGAGGCUCCGGUGCCUCCUCCUCCUGCUGCUCUUCAAGGCGCACCCCAAGAUGCUCCGGUGCCUCCUCCUGCUCUGCAAGGCGCUGUCGUGCCUCCUCUGCCGCCUGCUCCUGCACGUCAAGACGGUGUGCCUGAUUACUACUCGCUGUUUGAUGGUAUCCUUUCCCUUCCCAAGUUGCCGGAGCUGUAGCAGUGCUUCAGUUCAGGCGCCUGUUAUGUAUAUGUACGUGGAGUUUGAUUGAGCACACUCAUGGAUGGUUUCUCGGCUAGCUUUCAA